GCCGCAUACGCUCCGGACGAGUUCGCGCUGAUUUCGCGCCGCUAGCGUCGACUUUUCGUGGAAAGGGAUGAGUGUGGCGGCGUAAGUUCGAAAGUUCGCGGAUUUUCCGAGGAGUGUCUGCCGGCGACCGGGGACUCAGGCGGCCGGUGGCGGCGAUUCGCACACCUCUCCGACGCGGGUACGGGCGCUAAAAAUACCGAGUGGGGCGGCGGGCCUCCGGCGGCGGUGAGGCGGAUGUUGCGAUGACAGUGAAGUGAUUCGGCGGACGGGCACGGUCAAGAGGCGCGAUGCUGCAGGAGGGGUUCCUCAUAAAAAUCGCCAUCGUCUCGAUGUUCAUAUCAACAGGUUGGAGCCGGCCUAAGACGAAAGACGACUCCGAAAACGGCGACACCGACGCCGAAAUUGAGCCUUUGAUCAUAGACCGAGGUCCUUACUUCGAUAAAACCGCCUCCCGAAAUGUGACGGCCCUCGUCGGCAAGACCACUUAUUUAAACUGCCGAAUUAGGAAUUUAGGGAACAGAACGGUGUCCUGGAUCCGCCACCGCGACCUGCACCUGCUCACCGUCGGCAGAUCGACGUACACCUCCGACCAGCGGUUCACCAGCAUCCACAAUCCCAUGACGGAGGAUUGGACGCUUCAAGUGCGCUAUCCGCAGCGUCGGGACAGCGGCGUCUACGAGUGUCAGGUCGGCACGACGCCCCCGAUAGGAUUCUCCAUGUCACUGUCCGUCGUAGAGCCCAUUACGACCCUCCUCGGCGGUCCGGAAAUGUACAUCAACAAGGGCAGCACAAUGAACCUGACCUGUAUAGUGAAGCACAGCCCGGAGCCGCCGCCCACGAUCUACUGGACGCACAACAUGGAAGAGAUCAACUACGACUCGCCCCGCGGCGGCGUGAGCGUCAUCACCGAGAAGGGCGACAUCACGUUCAGCUACCUGCUCGUCCAGAGGGCCAGAGAUUCCGAUUCCGGGAAGUACACAUGCAACCCCUCGAACGCCAACCCCAAGACGGUUAUCGUGCACGUGCUAAACGGGGAACAUCCUGCAGCAAUGCAGCACGGAGGGCAGCUUCGCCUCGAGUAUCCCUUCUCGGCCUGCCUGCUCAGCGUGCUGGUGGCGGUGGCGGGCCCAUAAACUCAUCUCCGGGGAACAAACUCAAGAAGUCGAGGAAAAAGUCGCUGAAACGUGUGUAAAUGUGUAAAUAGUGCAGUGGUGGACGCCGCCCGGACAGGAGAUUUAAGCACGAGGAGGAAGAAUGAAGUGACGUUUGCGGUGCAGAAAGUUCGGACUUCCUGAAUUCAUUAAUAAUUCACCGGAAACGCUUCGCCCAUCCACGGGUUUCAGAGACCGAUUUCCAUUACUGUUUAAGUGCUUUGAGCUCAAAAUUUUGUAACACUAGUGUGGUGACGUGGACAAUCGAUGGACUUUCUUGUACUUUAGGUUUCCCAGUUACACGUUGUUGUAAAUAACACAGUAAUCAUUGAGGGUUUUACUAUGAUUCAGAUAUUACAUACGAGGUACUUAUACGAGUUUUUUUCGACGUCCUUGAUUAUAUAGUCGUUAUGUAAUGGUGAGUUUGUAUAUACUAUUAGGGCCAUAUCUAUACUUAUUGAUAUAUUGUACAUUUAUAUGAGACUCUUAAGGGAUAUUGUUAUUUUUUUAAAGGAAAUCUAUUCAUUGUAGGGAUGAUUCACGUUGUUCUUGUUUCUUGUAUCUCACAGUUUAUUAGGUUAACACUGGUCGUUACGUUUGGUCUAUUUUUGAGGUUGUCAUUGAUGAAAAUUUGAUGUUUCUUAAAAAUGUUGUUAAAAUGUAAUAAAAACAUCUCAAUAAAAUCCACUAAAAU